AUGCUUCUUCUGGCUCUUUUAUCUUUCUUGUCAUCGGCCAUUGCUGCAGCCGUGGGCCGUCGUGAAUGUGCCAAUGGGCCGACGACGAGGCACUGCUGGGGCCAGUAUGAUAUCAAUACCAACUUCUACGAUGUGGUUCCAGACACCGGGGUUACCAGAGAGUUCUGGCUCUCUGCUCAAAAUCUGACCCUCGCUCCAGAUGGGUAUGAACGGGAAGUGUUGGCGUUCAAUGGCCAGAUUCCUGGCCCUCUAAUUGAGGCAGACUGGGGGGAUACGAUUGUUGUGCAUGUUACUAAUGAAUUGGAAAAUAAUGGCACGUCGAUCCAUUGGCAUGGAAUUCGGCAACUGAACAAUAACGAAAAUGAUGGCGUCCCGGGAGUCACUCAGUGUCCCAUCCCGCCUGGAGAGACCUACACAUAUACUUGGCGGGCAACGCAGUACGGGCACAGCUGGUACCAUUCUCACUUUAGUCUCCAGUACGGAAACGGGUUAUUUGGGCCCAUUCUCAUCCACGGGCCAUCGUCUGCAAAUUGGGAUGUGGAUCUCGGUGUGCUCCCCUUACAAGACUGGGCCCAUGAAUCCGUGUUCACCCUGUGGGCUGGGAUCACCCAGUACGGCGCCCCGCCGCCGCUCCCGAACGGCCUCAUCAACGGGACAAACACCUUUGACUGUAGGGGCUCCAGUGAUCCAGCUUGUCUAGGUACCGGCAAGCGAUACGAAAACUCGUUUGUCCAGGGGAAAAAGUAUCUCAUCCGACUCGUCAACACGGCAGUCGAUGGGUACUUCAGGUUCUCCAUCGACAACCACAAACUGACCGUGGCCGCCACCGAUUUGGUUCCCAUCCAGCCUUAUGAGACGGACAACGUCCUUCUCGGCUCGGGCCAACGCUACGACAUCAUUGUGGAAGCAGACCAACCGAUCGGAAACUACUGGCUGCGUGCGACUUACCAGACAGCCUGCCGCAACAAUUCCAAUGCUAACAAUAUCCUCGGCAUUAUCCGGUACGAGGGAUCGGACCCCGUCGCAGUGCCUACCACGCACAUGAAGGAUUUCCCAGAGGAAUGCCAGGAUGAACCACUGGACAAGCUUGUGCCAUACAUGGCCUUGAACGCCGGCCAAGGAGUGGAGAAGAGUCUCGAUCUCAGCAAUAACAAGAUUGACAAUAUUUUCCACUGGACGAUGAACGGGUCUGCAUUCUAUAUCGACUGGUCCGAGCCAGCGCUGCUGAUGCUGGAGAGCAAUGACACCGUCUAUCCGGCUGACUACGGAGUAUAUGAGUUGGACGCUGCUAAUGAGUGGAUAUACUGGAUCAUCCGAGACGAAAGCACCUUUGCAACCUCUCAUCCGAUCCAUCUCCACGGGCACGACUUCAAUAUCCUUGCACAGGGCGAAGGUGAGCUCGAUCUCACCACGAUCACGCUCAACACGGAUAAUCCUCCACGACGAGAUGUUGCCACCUUGCCUGGAGGGGGGUAUCUGGUCAUUGCCUUCCAAACAGAUAACCCAGGCUUCUGGCUCAUGCAUUGCCAUAUUGCAUGGCACUCCAGCCAAGGGUUUGCCGUGCAGUUUGCGGAACGGCGGUCUGAAAUCCUGGCCACCGUCUCCGAUCAGUCUGCCAUCCAAGAGCAAUGCGACUUGUGGGAUGGAUAUUUCGAUACUGAGCCGUAUGAACAGGAUGACGCGGGGGUGUAG